UUGAAAUUUUGGUUCAGCAUUUUCUCUGUCUGGUUAUGGAGGUGUCUGGCCGUGCAGAUUGUAGUUAACUUAACCUUUCCAAGGCGAAAUUCGCCGAAACGUCAGCUUGUACGUAAACAAAGAAAUAAAGUAACACUUCGUGUUUUGAUAUUCCUUUCUGCAGAAGUCGUUCGAAUAUCGGCAACCAUCAGAUAUAGUUUAGUGUCGGACGAGUUGUUCUACGUCGGAGUGCACGUGCGACGAGGAAUCGACAUCUUGAUGAACGAGCGGAAUCUCCGGCACGGGCACGUAGCCGCCACUGCCGACUACUAUCGACGUGCCAUGCAAAUGGCGAAAGGAGACCGCGAAAAUGUGGUUUUCGUGAUCUGCUCGGAUAAUCCUUCAUGGGUAGCGAAUCACCUACCAGCUCAAGAGAAAGGCACACUCUUCUCGUGUCCGGGUAAGCAUCGUGAAGUGGAUAUGGCGAUUAUGACGCUUUGCGAUGCAUUGGUCUUAUCUACUGGAACAUUCUCCUGGUGGAGUGGAUUUCUGAAUCUAAAAGCCAAAGAGGUCAGGUUCUAUCCUAUUUUCUGUUGGCGGAAUUCCUGCUAUGUUGCAAAUUUUACUGUUUUUGAGCAAGACUAG